ACUUUCGUUUCAGAUUUGUUGACAUCCGGCGCGUUUGGAUGUUACACCUCAGACGCUUCCCCUGAAACAAGCGAACUCAUUCAAGGGUUUGUUACUGGAGGUCCUGUGCUAAACAUUGAACCAUGUUUUUGACAAGAUCGGAGUAUGACAGAGGUGUGAACACAUUCUCUCCUGAAGGAAGAUUGUUCCAGGUUGAAUAUGCCAUAGAAGCCAUAAAGUUGGGCUCUACAGCCAUUGGUAUCCAGACAUCAGAGGGGGUGUGUCUGGCUGUGGAGAAGAGGAUCACCUCUCCGCUGAUGGAGCCCAACAGCAUUGAAAAGAUUGUGGAGAUUGAUACUCACAUCGGUUGUGCCAUGAGUGGCUUGAUAGCUGAUGCCAAGACUCUUAUUGACAAAGCAAGAGUGGAAACACAGAACCACUGGUUCACUUACAAUGAGACAAUGACAGUGGAGAGUGUGACUCAGGCUGUGUCCAACCUGGCGCUGCAGUUCGGAGAGGAGGACGCUGAUCCCGGUGCCAUGAGUCGACCAUUCGGCGUAGCCCUUCUGUUCGGAGGAUUUGAUGAGAAAGGACCCCAGCUGUACCACAUGGACCCAUCAGGAACCUUUGUGCAGUGCGAUGCUCGGGCCAUCGGCUCAGCGUCUGAAGGAGCACAGAGCUCUCUGCAAGAGAUCUACCACAAGUCCAUGACAUUGAAAGACGCCAUCAAGUCAUCCCUCACUAUUCUGAAGCAGGUGAUGGAGGAGAAGCUCAACGCCACCAACAUUGAGCUCGCAAUAGUAGAGCCCGGGAAGACCUUCCACAUGUUUUCCAAAGAGGAGCUGGAAGAUGUUAUCAAGGAUAUCUAGAGCAGAAACAUUUGAAAGUCCUGGUUGGAGAUCUGGGCAGGAGAGGAACACCUGGGCUGAAUGUCACAACACAACCACAACUUUCCAUCAGCACAUUCUCCUUACUGCAUUCAGAUUAUUGUUGGAUUGCUUAAGAAGUUUCUCUUUGUAACGUGCUAAUUAACUUGUCUCUCAGUAUCUGAACAACUCUGUACAGCAGUCUGACCAGCGCUUACAACGGAGCGGCAGGGAAACAGUUAUGGUGGGGUGGGGGGGGGGCGGGUAUUUUUUUGUUACGAAUCAGUACAAUAAAACUGUUGUAUUCAGAAA